CCAGGAGUUUGCCCUGCGGUAUAGCUGCCCGAGCCUCGAAAUAACCCGGAGCACUCAAGUAGCUUGGGAGACAUCAGGCUGCAGUUCAUUAGCUCCGCUUAAUUUGCCGUUUUCAAUCAGAUCUUUUCCAAAAUAGCUCCUGAGCAGGCCGGACAACCUAAGGGAAUGUGCGCUAGCGGGCAGUGAGCUGUGGAAAGUAAUCAGGGAGCCACGGCAGCUGAAUGGUAACUUCGGCAAGCCGAGGGCAAAGUAAUAGUUCUGUCAUUCGAUCAAAUUCCCCAACAACAACAUCUCAGAUUAUGGCUAGAAAGAAAAGAAGAGGGAUUAUAGAGAAAAGGCGCCGUGAUCGUAUAAAUAACAGUUUAUCAGAGCUGAGGCGGCUUGUGCCAACUGCUUUUGAAAAACAAGGAUCAGCCAAAUUAGAAAAAGCGGAAAUACUGCAAAUGACAGUGGAUCAUCUGAAGAUGCUGCAGGCGACUGGAGGUAAAGGUUAUUUUGACGCCCAUUCCCUGGCCAUGGAUUUCAUGAGCAUUGGCUUCCGGGAGUGCCUGACAGAAGUUGCGAGGUACCUGAGUUCGGUGGAAGGCCUCGACACGUCAGACCCACUGCGCGUUCGACUCGUGUCUCACCUGAGCACCUGUGCCUCUCAGAGAGAAGCUGCCGCCAUGACCUCCUCCAUGGCCCACCACCACCACCCUUUGCACCCUCACCACUGGGCAGCUGCCUUCCACCACCUCCCUGCCGCUUUGCUGCAGCCCAACGGACUCCACGCCUCUGAUGCCGCCCCGUGCAGACUCUCCUCGGAUGUGCCCCCCCACGGCUCUGCCCUGCUCACGGCCACCUUUGCCCACGCCGACGCUGCACUCCGAGUCCCCUCCACUGCCAGCAUCGCUCCCUGUGUCCCUCCUCUCUCUACUUCCCUCUUAUCCCUCUCGGCCACCGUUCAUGCCGCAGCAGCGGCAGCUACAGCUGCUGCCCAGAGCUUCCCCCUCUCCUUCACUGGCACCUUCCCCAUGCUCCCCCCAAGCGCAGCUGCCGCCGCUGUGGCUGCAGCAACAGCCAUCACCCCGCCGUUGGCCGUAUCAGCCACCGCCAGCCCUCAGCAGGCUGGCAGCGCGGGCAACACCAAACCAUACCGACCCUGGGGGACUGAAGUUGGAGCCUUUUAAGUGCCCCGUCUCCUUCCCAGUCCAGCUCCCUCCUCUCCAUCAGCACACGUGCACACACAGCCCCAUGUGCCCACACGCUCCCAGACGCGAGCCUUCAGGACUCAGCGUGUCCUUCUGCUCACCCAAAAGGCCUGGG